GUGUGUGUGUAUCUGGGAUUCUGGGCAAGGUAAAGAGCUGGUCUGUUUGGCAGGACCAUCCCUCUGGGAUCCAUCUGUGUUCCCUGGAAUUGGACAGGCAGCUCUAGUCAGUGAGAAAUCACAGAUGUGAGAGAGCUGACACAUGUCCAGCUAAUGAAAGGAGGAGGAAGACUGGUCCCAGGCUGUGCUCAGAGAUCAGGAGCAGGGGAAGAGGAGCAUUUUAUUCCUAUUUCAAAUAAUUUGGCUUCUUGGCAUCUGGAUUGUGGUCAUCUGGGCAUCUAGGGACUAUCAGAAGGACCUCAUCAUCUCUAUGGAAUUCCUCUACCGCUUGGUCUCUGCCCUGGAUUUCUCCUUCAUGACAGUGACAAACAAUCAUGAUUGUAUCUGCUCUUUGCCUCUGGAACUGAACUACUCUCCCCUGCAACAAAGAAACAGUUGAACAAAAACAACCGACACAGUGACCACGUGAGACCAGUGUAUGCCACAUUCUGUCCCCGUAGCAUCCCGCACCUCUUGGCAAAGAGGAAGGAGUUGCUAGUGAGAAGAGGGUGCCAGCAAUGCCUGGAUCCCCCGUGGAAGUGAAGAUACAGUCAAGAUCAUCUCCCCCCACCAUGCCUCCACGGCCACCCAUCAACCCUGGUGGGCCCCGCCCGGGCUCCUUCACCCCAACAGCAUUGUCCAAUGGGAUCAACCAUUCACCACCCACCUUGAAUGGCGCUCCAUCCCCCCCACAGAGGUUCAGCAAUGGCCCAGCUUCAUCCUCAUCCUCAUCGCUGACCAAUCAGCAGCUUCCUGCCACCUGUGGGGCCCGACAGCUCAGUAAACUGAAGCGCUUUCUGACUACCCUACAGCAAUUUGGCAACGACAUUUCCCCCGAGAUUGGAGAAAAGGUUCGGACCCUCGUCCUGGCUUUGGUCAACUCCACAGUGACCAUUGAGGAAUUCCACUGUAAGCUGCAAGAGGCCACCAACUUUCCUCUUCGUCCCUUUGUGAUUCCGUUCUUGAAGGCCAACCUUCCCCUGUUACAGAGAGAGCUGCUACACUGUGCCCGGGCAGCCAAGCAGACACCUUCCCAGUACCUGGCCCAGCACGAACACAUUCUGCUGAACACCAGUACCACCUCCCCUGCUGACUCUGCAGAGCUCCUUAUAGAAGUGCAUGGGAAUGGCAAGAGACACAGUCCUGACAGGAGAGAAGACCCCAGCUUCGAGAGAGAACCAGGCCCCCCUGAGCCUCCCGCCAAGAGAGUGUGCACCAUUAGCCCAGCUCCCAGACACAGCCCUGCUCUCACCCUGCCCCUCAUGAAUCCUGGCGGGCAGUUCCAUCCCACUCCACCCCCUCUCCAGCAUUAUACCUUGGAAGAUUUUGCCACUUCCCACCUGUACAGAGACUCCACCAAGAUGCUGGAACAUCGAGAAAUCCGUGGUGGAGGCGGAGGUGGUGGUGGAGGUGGCGGUGGUGGAGGUGGCGACCGACACCAUGGGCUUGGCUUAAAUGGAGGAUACCAGGAGGAGCUGGUGGACCACCGUUUGACGGAGAGAGAAUGGGCCGACGAGUGGAAACAUCUCGAUCAUGCUCUGAAUUGCAUCAUGGAGAUGGUAGAGAAAACCCGGCGUUCCAUGGCUGUCCUGCGGCGCUGCCAGGAAACCGAUCGGGAGGAACUCAACUUUUGGAAGAGAAGGUGCAGCGAGAACACAGAGACCAGGAAAGCAGGGAGCGAGCUCAUCUCCAGGCAGCACAGCCCAGGAAGCUCGGACUCACUCAGCAACGAUUCCCAGCGUGAGUUCAGUACUAGGUCAGGAACAGGCUAUGUCACUGAAGAGAUCUGGAAGAAAGCUGAAGAAGCCGUGAACGAGGUGAAGCGGCAGGCCAUGUCGGAAGUGCAGAAGGCGGUGGCAGAGGCUGAGCAGAAGGCCUUUGAGAUGAUUGCCUCAGAGAGAGCCCGGAUGGAGCAGACCAUCGCAGAUGCCAAGCGCCAGGCCACUGAAGAUGCAUUCCUGGUUAUAAAUGAGCAGGAAGAGUCCACUGAGAGCUGUUGGAACUGUGGUCGCAAAGCCAGUGAGACAUGCAGUGGCUGCAACAUUGCUCGGUACUGCGGCUCCUUCUGCCAGCACAAGGACUGGGAGCGGCACCACCGCAUCUGUGGCCAGGGGCCCCACAGUCAGAGCAAACCGCUUCUCCCACCCAGCGGCCGAGUCUCCGUCACCAAAGCUAUCGAUGGAGGGCUGAGCCCGGCCCUGGACAAGACCUCAGCGACCACCUCCCGGUCCUCAACCCCUGCCUCGGUCACGGCCAUAGACACCAACGGACUCUGAGCGGGGCUGGCUGGUCACGGGCUCCCUUGUGGUAGCAUGAGAAGGCAGCGGUUUCAGUUGAUACACGCACCUGUCAAACUAUUGGCACACAGCAUCUCAUCAGAGCAGGCAGCAGGGGACAGAGACAGCUGCUCUCGUUGUCUUUCAUACCCCCUAGGUCACAAGAGGACCAGCAGCUCCCCCAGGGGUGAUUGAUGGCUUCUCCAAAAUCUUGCUGGCCAAACGUGGCUUUACCAAGGCUUCACGUGUUUUCCUCCCAUGCAGGGCAGUCGAGCCGCCGUGCAUGGAGGUGGUGACCGUCGCAUCGCUUUCUUCAUUUCAGAUUGCUAGCUCAAGCAGUCCCUAGCUCUGGCUUCCCCUUUCUUCCCCUCGCUCUUGAGGGUCUAUGUUCCAAGCUUUAGAUGGUUUAGGCCCCUUCUCUGUCUUGCCUGGCCCACGAGCUCCCCAGGGUGCUGCCUCCUAAAUCAGUCACAGAACAACAGUUCGGGUCCGGAAGGAGCUUCAAAGGCCCGCUACCCCAGCCUGUAUCCAAACAGGAAGCUCCUCUACAGUAUCCCUGACCAGCCUUUGCUUUAAAGACAUCUGGUGAUGGGAACCCGCUAUGUGCUGCCAGUCUAGAGCAUGGUGUUCUCAUCCUCAUGUCUAGUCCCUGGUGGGCACCAAGGAGCCUAGUUUGAGCACCUGGGGAGGAUGUGACCCCAGGAGCUACUUAACCCAUUGAGCCACAUUGUCAGGCUGGAGUCCCGAAAUCCCAGGCCUGACAGGACCUUCCUUCCACAAGGAGAAAAGCCACCCCAGCCCCUUGCACUCUCACCUUCUCUCAGAGCCUAGUAUAGGGUCAGCCCAGACCUAGAAGGAGAGGAGGAGCUGAAUGUUUCACUAAAUGCAUUAGUUAUGAUUUCUAUGAAUGGACGUAUUAAUCAUCCCUGCUCAGUUUGGGCCAGACCUUCCCUCUCACUGGCUGCCGAGGUACAGAUUGGGACCACGAGGAGGAUGUGUCCUGAUUGUUCUUUGAUUUGUUUUGGGCUAUGCAGAGAACAUCUUAUCCACCGCAUGGAAGAGAAUCCCUUUUUAUAUUUCUAUAGAAACAGCGGUUUUUUUUUUAAGAGUGAGCACAAAAGAGAAAGCGGGAGAGAGAAAUUGAAUUUCUCAUCAGCCUCUUCUCUCCAAGCAUGUUGGCCAAAACUAUGAUGAUCAAGUUUAGAAACUGCAGACCCUGAUGUCCGGAGCUCUAUGGACUGGAAUAAUAACUGUGUCCCAGGUCAUCCUGAUGCAGGUCCCCGAGUUUCUUCCUGAUGUGCCUGUGAGUCCAAGUAUGGUAUCACCUCAUGCAGGAUGUGAAACAAAGCAGGCUGGGAUUAAUGCAGCCCGACACAGGGUAGCUAUGGGACCUGCCCAGUCCGUCACGUGAGGCCCACGGCUUGGGCUUUUUGGGGUUUUGGUUUGGUGGUGGUGGUGGUGGUGGUGGUGCUUUGGUUUUGGAUUUCUAAAGGAAGCAUGUGCCACAUCCAGAAAGAUUUCUCCACCUUCUGUGCUUUCAGAUACUUAAACAUCCAUCAUCCGCCUUGUUAACCAUCCACAGGCUACAUGGUGCUUUUAGCAAAUACUCAAUCCAGUCCAGUGAGCAUUUAUUUACCAGUUGUCUCCUACAUUCUAGGGCCUAGGACUACACAGACAAAAAGCGGAGCAGGGCGGGGAGAGAAUGGUACUGACUCUCGAGAGGUUUGCAUCCUACUAUUUAAAAGCACUCUCCCUCACACUGCUGCCCUGUUUUUAUGCAAGAAAUGAAAUCUCAUUUCCUCUGAGCUCUUCCAGCCCUGAGAGAGUUUUGAGGAAAAUCUCAUGGAAAAUGGAGAGAAGCUCAUUGUUAAUAACCAGCCUGCCAUGCAUGGCUGCCUAGCUGGAGUGGGGGCAAAGGGGGAGCGCUGCUCCCUGCAUAAAUGGCCUUGGUCCUAUAAGACUCACCAUUUACAAAGCCCUGACCCUUCUUUCUUAGGGUGGGCGUGGUGGAACUUACACCAACACAUUCUCCUUGACAUGCAGGGGGCCCCACCUUGGGAUGUGUGAGCAGCAUUGCAAGUUCAAUACAGGAACACAUAGUGAGUAACCUAAGAGAAUACACCAUGUACAUCUUGUCUGCCGAGUGGGAUUAGGCUGGCUAACACAAGCUGUGGGCAGCAUCCAGUAGAUGAGAAGGGUCUCCUACCCAAAAGACAAAGAAGGAUCCAGAGAUUUACUCCUAUCACAGUGAAUAUCCCAGGCCUGAACCAACAUCUCCAUAGAGCAAAGACAAGGGAUACUUAAACCCCAAAGAGGAAUUGAUGAGAGAGGAGAGAGAAAAAAAUUUCACACUGGGAGCAUCCUUUAAUCAGGUAUACAUCACAUUAAGGAAGCCCAGCAGUGAUUAAUCCAGAUUUAGAAAACAAAAUAACCAUUUACUUUCUGAAGGGAGUUGCAGUAGAUUAACACUAGCCUAUUCAAAGGGCAAAUUAUAUUGGGCAAAACAAGGUACACUUAGAGAAAGGAUAGUAAUGCAAAAGGCAAAUUGUGGAGUAAUGAGAUCACUUCCACUCUCAAUCUCUAUAUUUUGUAGUGACCCCCAGGCCUGCUGGGUCAGUAGUUAGAGCUCAUUCCUGCCUACAAGAGGGCGGGCAAUGACAUUUGUACUUCCUAGUGCAUACACAGCCUCAUCUGGACUUCAGCCAAGCCAUCACAGUAUUCAUGUGGACACAGUGGAGAGGCAGGGGUUAGGUAACAAUAGCAAAGUUAAGUGGGCUCAGAGCUGGUUGAACAGUUGGACCCAAGGAACAAGAAUUGAUGGAUCUUGUCAAGUGGAAAGGGAAGGGUCUCUAAUGGCCACAAGGCACAGUCUGCAUCAACAUUUUUAUCAGUGGAUUUGAUAAAGGCCUUGUUAACCCAAUGUGAUGCCCCCAAAAGCUGGGAGUGGGGAGAAAAAAAGUCCAAUACAGAAAUUUUCAAUAGGUUUCAAAAGAUAGGCUAAUAGUUGAAAAUUAACAGGGACCAGCGAAAAAUCUUGGCUAUUUAGGUUCAGAAAAUCCAUUACGUAAAUACCGAAUUGGGGAUGUCUAGAUCAAUAGCUCCCCAGGUUACAAAGCUUUAGGAUGAACCAGCAGUGUGUCAUGACUGGUUAAAGAGGCUAACAAUCUUGGGCUUCAGUACCCGGAAUGAGGGCAAGGUCAACCCUGCUGUCCUCCAUCCUAAUCAGACCCCCUUGGAAUUAUCGUUCCUGUUUGGGGGCUAUAUUGACAGAUUAGAGUAUGGCAAGAACUGAGCAACUCAGAUAAUGAGGAGACAUGAAAUCAUGUUUUAUGGAAAGUACUGGCACUGUUUAGCCUGGGGAAAGAAAAUUUGGGGUGGGAGUAGGAAGUGGUACAUGAUUGAUGUCCUCUUAUAGCCGAGGGAAAGGAAUUAGAUGACGUCAGCUUGGCUAUAGAGGCGUGAAUGAGGAGGGAUGGGUGGGAGUUACAGGGAGAACGUUUGAGGUCAAUAAAAGAAAGGAUGAGAAGCUGUCCAAGAAUGGAACAAGUUGCCUUGUUUUGGAUAGUGAGCUUCCAGUCGCUGGAAGUAUUCAAGUAGGCUAGAUGACCAUCAGUCAGGGACACUGUAGGAGAGGUUCCUGUGCCAGGUAGGGGAAUGACCCUUAAGGUCUCUCUCUUCUAACUCUGAUUCAGUGAAAACAAAGACUUUUCCCCUAAUGCCCAUUUCCAAAGAUGACACUGAUCUGGUGGAAGGAGUCAGGGAGGUUGACCAGGUGCUAACGUGUUCCCUGUCGAUGGUGCUCUAGUUGCUCCAGGAGGCCAUUGCUACACCCACAUCCGCCCCGUGUGCCCUGUUGCAUUGCAAUGUAAUUCUCAAACCAAAUACGUGUGCUUGUGUGUGUCUGUCCAUCUGUCUCUCUUUGGGUGAAAACCCAUCACAGCUGUGGGAAAUGUGGAAAGGGUGAGGCAGCAACAGAGAAACAGCAAAAGGUGUUGUCAAAGAGGGUGCCUUUGGUCUCCUAGGGCCCCAGCAAAGGCAGGAAUUGUCAACACGCUGGCAUUCCAGGUUUCUGGGGAGGCAACAAAAGCGGUUCCUUGUCUUAGGUGUGACAAGAAUGUAAAGUAAGGGGCGCACUAACAGCCCCCCGUGGAGGUUUUUAAAAGAGGGUGAUCGGGAUAAAACCACAGGACUGAGGAGAGAACAGUGGAUCGUUUUCUAAUCUUUGCCAUUUAACCUGAAUAGCAAAUUUUUUUUUGUCAUUACUUAAUUCCGUGCAUAACUUAUUUAAUGUCUUGUAUAAAGGAACCAAAAUUGUUAAAUAUGUAUUUAGUUUGUUCUACUUUAAGUAGUCAAUAAAAGGUUAUAUUCCUUU